AUGACCACCAAAAUUGUGAGGCUCAAGCAAGUCGUCACCCGCUGGAAAUCCAAGAGCGCGAGGACCAACAUUGCCUACUCCUCAUCCGACUCCGAUUCCGACGAACCGGCGGCUCCGAACCGCCGCACUCCCUCCGGCUACGUCGCGGUAUACGUCGGCCUGGAGCGCCUCCGGUUCGUAAUCCCUACCCGGUUCCUCAACCUCCCGGUCUUCGUCGCCCUCCUCGGCCAGGCCGAGGAGGAAUUCGGCUACCCGCCCACCGGCGCCCUCACUCUCCCCUGCGAAUCCGCCUUCUUCUCAACUAUCCUCCGCCUCCUCGACAAGGACGAGGAGAAGUUCUGCGCCCUAACCGUCCACGAAUUCGCUCAAUUCGCCUCCGAAUCGUGCAAUUGGUCAUCCUACAAAUGA